UUCAUAAAACAAUAAUGUAAUGCACUUUGACAGGCUCUACGCAAAACAGUCUGUGGACAAUGAGCCUCAAUCAUUCCCGAAUACCUCAGGAGCUGAGUGCACCACAGAGGAGGAGGAAGCACUCAUUAAGAACUAUGAAACAUUAGUACAGCUAUUCAAACAGGAGCGGUUGCAUGUCAUGGAAAUGUGGCAGAAAGCAGCACAAGAGGUGGGACAAUUCCAGGAGAUCAACCACAAGGCUUUCAGUGACGGACAGCAGGCAGAUGCUAUGACACAGAAGUUGCAGAAUCAGCUCGUUCAAUUCAUACGGCAGUCAUGCAAACUCAAAGAGAUCAAUCAGGAAGUGCAAUUGACCAACAAGCAUCUCCAGAUGACAGAGAAAGAGCAGAAUGACGAGAUAGAGGAGCUACACAGCCAACUCAGAAAGACUAAUUAUGAUCUGCGAACUGCCACAGACAAAAUGGAUGAAAUGACCGAACAACUGGAAUGUCUUGAGCAUCAGCUCAAAAGAAAAGAGGAUGAUGUAGCAGAGGCUCAGUGCCGUGGGGAAAAACAACUCCAACAGCUUCAGUCAAUCAUCAGACAGCAAGAAGUAACACUAAAAUCUGGGCCAGAAAAUGCUUUGGAAGAACAAACUGUCUUGGAGACAAAGCUCGGUACCCUCCAGGCCCACUGUGCUCCCCUUGAACAGGACAAGUAUGAGGGUCUGAAUAAAGUCCACGGGUGUGUGCACGUGGCUGAGGCUUCGGCCCGAGUAAGAGAGAGGCAAAAGACAGUGGAUCUGGAGAACAAAGAUAAGGCCAUCCAACAGUUCAUCCAGGAAGCUGCUGUUCGUGCCAGGAAGGAGAUAGAUAAUGUGCGAGAGCAGUGCAACGUUGAAAUCCAAGAAAUAGUAGAUGAGCUGUCCCAUUUGCAAAUGGAGUGCACAAUCAAAGAGUAUCAGAUUGAGAGGUGCAAGCAUGAGAAAAAAGCUCUUGAGAAGGAAUUGGAGAAGGUGACUAAGCACCGGGCAGAGCAAGACCUUGGAAAAAUAAUUGCCCUUCACCAGAGGUGUCUAAAUGCAGAGAGGAUAAGAGACGACAUGAGCGCCACUCUGCAAAGCACACAAAGCAAAGUAAUGAAGUUUGAAUCCGACAGCAAAGAAGAGUUGUCUCGCAGCCAAGCGGAAAUACAGCGUCUACAGAGCAGUUUGGCUGCAGCUUGGGAGGACUGUGACAAUAUCAGUGAGGAGCGACUCCAGCUACAACAGGAGAACUUGCAGCUCCACAGGGAGACGAAUGAGCUGCAGAGAAGUACCUUGCUGAUCCAAAAUCAGGCUAAAAAUCGGAUAUUGGAGAUGGAGCAAGAGUGCAAGUUAAAGGAGCAGACAUUUAAUGCAAAAAUGAUGGCACUGGAGGAGCGAAGCCAUAACUUAAAUGCUGAUCGGAUGCACCUCCUCACAGCACACCAGAAAAGCAUUCAACGCUCGAAGGAUGAGGCCGCAAACAUGACAAAGGCCUUUGAAGCCAGGAUUCAACAGCUCAUGACAGAGAUGAAUCAACACAAACAGAGAUUACAUGAGGUAGAACUACAGCUCAGAAAUAAUCAAGACACUAUGAAUGAGUAUGGGAGUCAGCUAGCAGAGUAUCAAGAGAAGUCGAUUUGCCUACAGAGACGAGCAACCGAUGCCGAGCAAAGGGCUGCGACUGCUACACAACAACUGUCGGUUUUGACAUCCCAGCGAAUGAGCAGCUCUGAGGCCGCGUAAUGAAGACUGCUCAGUGUAGAUGUUAUAUUCUUAUUCUUGUGUGCUGCUAUUUUACAUGUGGAUGCUAUAAACUGGAAUUUCCCCAUGUGAAGCCACAUGGUCAGAACAAUAUGAUUGACCAUAAUUAAACUAUACAGUGCUUUUAUGAAUGACAGAUCUGUUAUUUUGACGUUAUUUAGCAUUCACUUUAAGACAUCCAUCCAUCGACAUGGCACUGUAGCCUAACCGAUGUCCAGACCUCCGUGUCCUGAGCCCCCUUCUCCAGCUCCACCUCGAGAACACAGCGUAGCCAAGGCUCCUGUGCGACGUAGUGCCUCCGGCCUGUCCGCGGUUUGCCCAGAGAGGGACACAAGGGACAUAGCCAGUGUAUAUCACUCAUCUCAUGCAGCAUCAUGCAGAUCUGCUUCAUCCGUCAUUGGCAGGCCCACAUCCUUAGCAGAUCCACAAUCAAUCCUAUGGCUGAUGUUGAGAGAGAGAGAAAACAUUCACGCAGCACCGAGAACAUGAAGCCUCGACAGAAACCUCUGCCAGUAUGAACCACCACAAAAUAGUAAACAACAAAUCACACUAAAUAAUCGUAUACAGUAUUUACAGUAAAGGAUAUUAUCUCACUGUUCUUUUGACAUUGUUGCAUAUGUCCAUAAAUCGCUUGACCGUAUAGUUCAGUAAUUGUCAUUUAUUCCAGUGCUGUCUCUGUGUCAGCCGACUGGUUCCCUUCAAGAAGUGUUUUUUCCUCAGCGAGCAGGUCGUCCCCAGACUGGCCGGCAAGGUGGUUGUUCUGAGCAGAAGCUUCCAGCUGAAGAGCAGCCUCUUCUUCCUGCUCUUGAUAGUACUGGACUGUUUUUCUCUGAAAGCAGCCCAGCUUUGUACACAAAACAAAAAGCGACGAGAGGGAUUUGUGGAGAAACAACCACGGAUUUGGGCUGACAUUCAGAAAAUAGCCAAUCAUCACUCACCUUAUACAUGAUGAUGGUAAUAAGAAUCAGAAGUGUAAGUCCAAGUCCAGUUCCGGUUAAAAUAAUGAACU